ACAUAUUCGCCAUUUUGAAAUCCUGGUUAUUACAAAUAGAAAAGCAAGCGAGGAUAGAAAAAGUUCCAGUUCUUGAUUCUUUAUAAUAAUGUGUUUUUGAAAACGAUACAAAAUGAAUUCGUUACUUGGAUAUGGAAAUGGAAGUGAUGAUGAUCUGGACGAAUCGCCAGAUAAUCGACAAAUGGAUCUCCAGAUGAGCUCAAGACCCUACAAGAAACUGGUCAGACCUCAGGAUGAUACCAACUAUGAUGAAGUGCAGAUGAGUCUAAGUGAGGAUUCAGAUAGUGAAUCGAAAUCGCAACAGAAACACGGUCGCGACAGACUCGAAAGCUACCGUAACGCCCCCAAAGGCAGAAGAGAGGAUCCUCCAAAAGAUAGAAGAGACGACAGAAGAGAUGACAAAGAAAGAAGCAAUGGUCCUGCAGAAAGGACAGAAGAUAGGUCGAGAUAUAGGGACAAGGACGAGCCUAGGAUCGACAGACCGAGGACAAGAGAGGAGGAGAAACCGCGCUUCAGAGACGGCAAAGAUGACGAGCGAGAGCGGGCGAAGAGAGAAGAGGAUAGGACGAGGGAGAGAGGCGACCGAUUCAGGGAGGAAGAUAGAGUGAGAGACAGGAGGGACGAUAGGCGAGAGGGGUCUAGAGAAAAAUAUGGAGGCAGAGACGACAGAUACCGCAAAGAGAGAGACAGAAGACGCAGCCGAUCGCCGAGAGACAGGAAGAGAAGCAGGUCGCCGCGCCGGGGCAGUAGGUCGCCGCGCCGGGGCGAAAGGUCGCGGUCAAGGUCGCGGGAGAGGGGGGUGGGGCGGGGCGGUAGGGGCGGCGGUUUCCAGCGCAGGUUCGACAGGGUGGGGCCGAACAGGACGGAGCGAACGGACAAAACCGGUGCCGAAUCUAAAGGAGAAGAACCUUCCCCCGCUACCCCUUCUGCCUCCGCGGACCCCAACCAGGCGCGGUUCUUCGUGCCCGGUCUGACGGGCCGGUUCAGGGACCAGAUCGAGAAGCGGAAGCUGCUGUGGCAGAAGAAGGAGCCGGAAAAACCGCAGGCGGUCUCCAGGCCAAUGGCGGCCGCAGGCUCGAGGACCACGAAGGUGUGGGAGGCGACCACGUUCGCGCAGGACACUGACGGCAAGGUGGCGAACAAGUUCAAAAGGCUGAUGGGCAUCCGGGGGGCGGGCGAUAACGCCGCCGCCCCCGCCGUCGAGGUGCUGAAGAAGCAGGAGGAGAUGUUCAGCUCGAUGGAGCAGCAGUACGAGGUGGCGCGCACCGCGACGCAUACGAUGAGAGGCGUCGGUUUGGGAUUCGGGAGUUAUCCGCGGUAAACUCGGCCUUGGGAGGGGGUUAGAUGUGGUGGAUUACGGGUUUCGCGAUUUUAACAGCAAAAAAUUAAAACUUUUGCAAAAUUGAUCGCCCUGUAACUUUUUACUUUUUAAUUCUUGUCCUAUGCUGGGUAAAUUUCGACCAAGUCGAGGAUUUAUGCUUCGGAGUAAACAGCGCCUGUAUAUCUCAGUUAUUAGUCAUGCGAUUCCAACCAAAUUUGGUGUGGUAUGAAUAACCAUCAAUAUGCGUUUCAUAAAAUCAUAUUAAGCAUUUUUUUUUACAGGAAAUUUAACCUCAUAUUAUUGUUCCUCAUGGUUUUGAACCUCCAUAUGCAAAAACUCACCUAAUUCCGAAUUCCGAAAAAUUCAAUCAAAUUGUGACUGAUUAGUAAAUAUGGAAUUCAAGUUUACUGAGCAGAUAUUUCUUUGAAUUGAUUUUAAAUUUUUCUGCUUCUAUAUUUUUCAACUCAUUAGGUAAGGAGUUAAAUAAAAUUAUUCCAUUAUGGAAUAUUGAUUGUUUACCAAUAUUUGAAUUAUUUGCUAUACAGAAAUUUUUUAGUCUUCUGAAAUGACUGGGAUAAUAUGCUAUUGGAAUAGGUAUACUCCUGGUAUAUUGGCAAGAUACAAUCGCUCCGAUACAGUAAUCAAAAAGUGCGUUGGGAAUAUUUUCAGCUAUUAUUCUGUAUCCACAAUUUUCUCGUUUUGUUUCAAUUCUGAGGUCUUUUUUUCCUAUGUUUAAUAUGUUUAUUGAAAUUUUUGUGAUUUGUAAUUAGAAAAAAAAAGUCCCGUUUACAAGAAAUGGGAUAUAUAUUCAUGGAAUUUGCAAUAGUGAAGUGCAGCUAGUAUCCAUGUCUUCAGGUUUCUUGUGUAAAAUAAUGAAAAUUUUAUGUUGGGUGAAACAAAAAUGUGAAGAAAGGGAGAAGAACCAUUCUAACCUCAAAAUAGAAGAGUUUACAACGGUCUUCUCAAUUUCUAAUGAUAUAUUUGUGCCUCCUUAUAGUAUUUGAGGAGUCGCUUCAUCAGACUGUACAGUUAUUGUGUGAAUAUCGGGAAUGUCAUAUGUAUAUGUUAGGUUUAAUUUUAUUUCGUUGAUUAGCAUCAAUUUAGCGACACGACUUAUUUUUUAAUUUUACAGCUUCUAUGCUAAUUGUGGCGAGUUUGUGAUUUAGUGAUAACAAACAUUAAAAUUGUCCAUAGCUGUUGC